AUGUCGGUAGCUGGGUUAAAGUACGACCCUGUACUUAGCCUUGACACCCCAGCAGAAACCAAGUCAGGAAGCUACAUUUACAGCGGCUCCGCAGCGUCCUUCCACGACUGGGAGUUUCGCACACGUGCCCGUGUAUCCCAGCAUCGUGAGAGGCAGCGUCGAGAGGUCUUGAAAGACCUUCGUUCCAGCCACCAACUCAGCCGUUCUGCAUCCCCACGAAAGUGGGUAGGUGGUGGCAUAAGAUCCCCGGACCGUCACACAGGUGAUGAGAGCAGUGGAAUGGCAGCCAGUCCUUCAAGUGCCCCAGGACGCCGGCGCGGCCGCCAGGCCGGUGCGGAGUCCAUGUCGUCAGGAGACGGUGGCGAAGAAGAGCAACAGCCACAAGAUUAUGAGGUUGAGGACGACGGGCAAGCUUCGGUUGAGACUGAGCCUGUUCCCACACUCGCUUCGGUCCGCGAUAGUGAUCUUGACAUGUCUGAUGCAGUUCAGAAGACGCUGGAAGGCCUCCGUGGCGACGCCUUUCUUAUCGCCCGAGACAUAGGUCUCGAGAGGUUGUUGAAGCACGACGGCAUUGAUCUCCUCAUUCAGAAGGUCAAAGACCAAGCAUUUCCCUUGCAGGGGGAAGAGGCAUCGGAAUUGUUCAGGCAAGGCCAGUUGCUGACAGGUCCCUUGUCCAAACAAUCAGGGGAGCCGAUGUUGUCUUACAUUUCCCGGCGAAAGCGCUGGUGGGUUACCCUAAGGGAAUUGGACCCAGAAGUCAGGUUGUCAGAGGCCAUGCGCGCCAAUCUCCUUGUGGAACUGUCUGGUUUGUCGCGCCAAGAGCAGCUCAUGGUGCGCACCGCAGCACAAGCCGAGACAGUAGAUGAGUAUGCGCGCGUAUUGAUCAAGCAUCAUAGUGUUGUGCAUAUGCGUGAACGCUUGCUCGUUGAGAAAGACAAGCCUGCCGCUAGAACAUGGUCCAAGCCCCGGUGGGAGAAUACCUCAUUUCAGCAGAAGCCUCGGUACGGUUACAUGACACAAGGUUUCGUGGAGGAUGAUGAGUAUGAGUACCAGGAGCCAGAAAGUCAGGCCUAUGUAGCCGAGGAGCAUGAGGUCGAGGAAGACGAAGGCGAAUGGGUUGAUGACAGUGCAUUAGCCUUGGCUCUCAAUGCAUACACAGCUAUGCAGACAGAGCUUGGAGGCGAGCCAGGCGAGGAGCACGCCGAAGCAUUGCAGCUGGCAUACGCAGCCCAAACCACACUUGCCAAUGUGAAGGGUAACAAAGGUAAGGGUUUUGGUAAGUCUGGCGGUAAGAAGGGUGGUAAGGUCCCUCCUUCCAAUCUUUCUAUCGCCGACAGGAAAGCCAAACUUGCCGAGCUGAAGGCUCGCAGCCGAUGCUUGCGGUGCGGCGCAAUCGGCCAUUGGGCCGGUGCAGAGAAGUCCGCCUCACCCGGGAAGCCCGGAAUGGCAUCCUCCUCACAAGCCUACCUUGCCGCACUGAGUGACGCAUCGGACGAUGAGACCCCUGCCAUUCACCUUUCCAACACUUCAAGAGACAUGGAGGGCUAUCCCGCUGAAAGGAGCGGAGGACCCUCAGAGCGUCCUCGUGUUCGCAGAUCGGAAGCCACUGCCAUGCGUGACAGCCCACCGCCAGGAUCUGACACCUUGUUUACUUUUGGUCAUCACAAAGGCCUGACGUAUGAACGAAUGCUGCACACCUAUCCUGGGUAUGUCCUUUGGGGUCAAACACAGAAGUGUCCUUCCAAGUGUUUGGGUGAUUUCCUGAACUGGGUGCAUGAGCACUAUGUGGUAGAAGACACGGACCCCAUAGAAGUGCGUAGAAGAGACAUCCCUCUUAGUACGAUGAUGCCCCCAACUCCCAUUGCUGACCGCGCAGCCAACGCUGAAGGCACCGCCUCAUCCAGUACCGGUUUCCGGCCCAAGUGCAGGGGUGGUUGUAAGACCUUUAGCAAGACAGGGAGCAAUUCGUACAUAGACAUGCGCACAUGCAAGUCCUGUGGUACGGUAACCAAGACUCGCAAAGAACAGGUACAGGUCGACCCUACCACAUGCACGCAUGCCCAGGUAGAUCGUUCAGGUUCCAGCAAGACAACCAGCCGAAUCAAGUGCAAGCUUUGUGGCAUGAUCCUAGAUGAACUGCCCCAAGAGGAAAAGAAAGCUAGGGACGCAGCCACAGCACAGCUGCGAGACACGAACACCCUAGACUUCGACAUGAUGCGCUCUAUAGUGGGCAGAACAGGGGACCGAGUGCCUGUAGAAGUGGUCGUACCAGCCCUUGAACAGUUCAAGGAGGCAGUUGAGGGUCACUUCGUCACCGAACCUUCGAUAACGAGGGGGGACUUGUUUGCCUACCUUCAAGAGGCUCUGGACGAUCAUGCGGAUGAUGCGAGCCCCACGAGCGCGAGUUGGGAGAUGGCUUCAUCGGGGAGAAGGCCCGGUACAGCAAUGGUUGCCAUGCUUGCCGGACCACACGAGGGAGUCACAGACACGAACCCCAGUUUGAGCAAACUCCCCGUGGUUAACAUUCGCACAUCCCCACACGUUUUCGCAGUCCUGGAUGAAGGGUGUGAGAACACAAAUUUGACAGCAGCCAUGGCCAUCGCACCUUCACAGCGCCCCGCGCCUAAGGCGAGGCCUCAGCAGCUGAAUUCCGAGACCUUCCCCACCGAGGGAGGAGACAAUCCCAAGCACGCCGCGGACAUUUUUACCUUCGGCUACAACUUCGAGGAGGCCGUCGAUAAGAUCCGCAACGCUUGGGAGCCACAGCAUUUCGCUGACAUGUUUAGUGAGAUGCGCUCGGCAGAGGCAACCCUUGAACUCGGAGGCGCAUUCGUCGGCAUCUUCUUUGACCUGACAUACUUGCCGAAUGCCAGGAGUUUGGAUCCUGAGCUCGCAGAUCGCAAGCGAGAUACAAGCCUCCGAGAUCAUGUGGGUUCCCACCCUUCUAUAAUGAAGGCGAUAGCUGCAGACCCUGGAUUCCUGCAACAUUGCAGAGCCAUUUGUUCCAAGGUGAAGAAGUCAAUGGAGCAGGGCUACCAGGCGAUGAACAUUAGCGUUGUCUGCAAGCAAAACCGGCACCGUUCCGUGGCAGGAGGCAUCCUCAUUGAGCACAUGCUACUUCGCGUUGAAGGACUUCAUGUUUCCAUGCAGCAUUGCAACAGCGAACAGUCCUGGCCGCUCAUGGGUGGAUCUUGCCGCGGGCAUUGCAGCUGGUGCACACAUCGCACAGACGAUGCGAAGGCGGCCUACGAACAGGUGUUAGCCGACUUCAUCAAGUAUCUGGAAGGCGAUGUCAAGGAGAGCACCACAUGCAUUUUGCACUGCGAGUCAGAGCCUGAAAGGGCCCCGGGCACAGCUCCGGAGGAAGUUACUGAUCUGGACGCAGACGAUGAGGUGGAAGAGGUCCCAUCAGAUCCGCUGGAAGUAUCGCCUGGAGAGGGAGAGUCAGCAUCGCAGGUACUCCGGCAUCGGAGGAAGAACGCAGAGCAGCUUGGCGUUCGUAAAGUCCUGGAGCAGGUCCUUAGGCAGAGCAAGGCAUCCAAGGAGUUCAUCCUAGCUGCCCGCCUUCACCGAUGUAAGGCUUGCCUAGACACUGCACCAGUUCCGCGACAUCAUCCAGUCUCAGGGGAAUCGGUGUUUCCGAAAGAGUUCAAUCACACACUUGGCAUAGAUUGCAUGGAAGUAAAGGAUGUCGAUGGUACCCGCUACACUGCAGUCAACAUGGUCGACAUGGGAACCAGCUUCCAGCAAGUAGCCCUGAUAAAGUCAGGAGGAGGCAAUCCCAGCGCACGACAAUGUUUGCAGGUCUUCAUGGAGCGAUGGGUAUCGUGGGCAGGACAUCCACAACAUGUGGUGGUUGAUAGGGGAACGCAUUUCAAGGGAGAGUUUGCAAGUUACAUGGGACAACAUGGGAUUCAUCUCCGAAUUGCACCCUUAGAAUCUCCGCAGACCAUAGGGAAGGUCGAAAGACAUGGUGGUUUGCUCAAGGCACUGGUAAGGAAAACAGUGCAGGAGAUUCAGCCCUCGACUUGGGAAGACAUGGUCAUGGUGGUCAGUGAGUGUGUGACUACAAAGAAUGACCUGUCCAGACACCAAGGUUUCAGCCCAUCACAGCAUGUGCUAGGCAAACGACCUAGGACACCAGGUUCAGUCAUGGAUGAAGAUGAGAGCAUGGGAACUUUGUUGGCCCGUUUCGAUGAGACCACUCCUUUCUAUUCCCGACAUAGAGCCCGGGAAGAAGCCCGCAAAGCCUUCGUGCAUUUGGACUCGUCCAGGAAGGUUGCUCGUGCAUUGCAAAGGAAUGCAGCUCCCCUGGACAUGGAGUACCAGGUGGGCGAUUUAGUCAUUUACCGAAGAGACAAUUUGCCCGGUUCAACUUCCACUGUGUGGUCAACUGCAAGCCGCGUGAUAGGGCGCGAGGCAGAGAAUGCAUACUGGUUGCUGCAUGAGGGUGUGCCUGUGUUGGUCAAUGCCAGAAAGAUGAGGCCUGCAGAUGAGGUCGAAGUAGCUGCACGUCGAGUUCUGACCGGAGAGCCCGUUCUGCCAGGUUCCAUUGUCCACGGUCCAGAGCAACGUUAUCUCGACGAAAGAGAUAAGGAUCCAGUAACAGCGCCUUCUACCCCCAGACCGAACACUGGCUUAGCGUCGGCUCCCUCUACUCCCAUGAGAGUCGCAGCGGCCGAGAGUCCCGCCAUCACAAGCAAGGAGAUUUCGCCCAGUGAUAAGACGGGCAGGGAAAGAACUCGUUCCCCGCCCAGACAAAGCUCCAGCGCGCUGAUGGCUGAGGCACAGGACACCGAUCCUGUAGAAGCAAAGGCAAGCGAGCUCCUGGAAGCAAUGGCCUUCGAGACGAGCCACUGUCUCGAACUACUCAGGUUGUGCAAGGAACACAAACCGAAGAGGACGAAAAGAGCGAUGUUCCAAGACGCAACAGAUGAUGAGCUUGCCGCUAGUUUCGGUGUUUAUAGGCACGGUGGUUUUGUUGGGAUUUCUAAUCCUACUAAGCAGCGCCCGUGUUUUGUGACCUACUUGAACCGCUUCCUGAGGCACCACUGUGAGAAGGCAGGCUACACCGAGUUCACUUGGAAUGGGAUCCAAGUAAGCGAAUCGCGGGCAAGUUUGCACAAAGACAACUCCAAUUUGAAGGGGUCGCUCAAUUUCACCAUGAGUUUGGGAAAUUAUUCGAAAGGAGGUCACCUGUGGAUAGAAAACCCUGAGGGGAACACAGUGAUUGACGUUUGUGGCAACCUUGUUCCCGGGACUCUACACACCACUCGAGGCAAAGUCCUUCGUUUUGAUCCAAAGAAACUCCAUAUGGUGGAACCCCAUGAAGGGCAGAGAUUCAGCAUCAUCGGGUUCACUAUGAAUCACUUGGGGAAGUUGCGCGCAGAUGAACACCAGAUGAUGGAAGACUUGGAAUUCCCACAACCGCGUAUUCCAUCACCCCAAGUAGAGCAGCCCCGUCAGGAGGAGCCUGAGCGAGCAGACGACAUGCACUCCUCAGACGACGAGGAAGUUGGAACAGGUUUCCUAGCCUCACUUUUGGACUACCACAACAGCCCGGCCGAGGUGCAGUUGGGGUUGGACGAGGCCAUGCUCGCGGAGUGGGCCAAGUAUCAGGAAUUUCACGCUGUGAUACCUUGCUCAAAGAAGCAAGUGCAGGAGUUGCUUAGCCAAGGACACAUCUGCGUGCCCACCAAGUGGGUUCUCACCGACAAACAUGAACAUUUGAAAGGCACCCCCGGCUAUCGUCCCAAAUACAAAGCUAGGCUAGUCGCAUGCGGGAAUUUCGAGCACAUCUCCACAGGGGAGGACAUUCGUGCAGAUUCCCCGACAGCCGAGUCUGAAGCACUGGCUUUCAUUUGUUCCUGGGCAUCCUCACUCGGUUUGCGAAUCAAGGCAGCCGACAUCACGAACGCCUACUUUCAGGGUAAGCCGCUCGAGAGAUUGCUGAUCCUCAAGGCUCCUAGCAACCCCAAGGGCGUUCCGGACAAGGAGAUCCAGGAAUCCGGCUACAUGAUUGCCCGUGUCCCAGUGUAUGGUACGACCGACGCCGGCCGAAACCUCUACCUUCGCAUAGUCGAAGAGACAAAGUGCAUCGGACUGAAGUCAUCCCAGAUCAUGUCCGCGUUGUACUACGCGCACGACACAAGCGGCCGGCUGUGCGCUAUGCUGUGCACUCACGUGGACGACUUCUUCUGGGCAGCGUUCGGUGAGGGCGAGCUGAAGAUCCAGCAGUUGCUGGACCACUUCAAAAUCGGGAGGAUCGAAGAGGGUAGCUUCAGGUUCUGUGGCAGAGAAUACGCUCAGCACCCCGAUGGCACCAUCGAGAUCAACUCAAGGGACAACACGCGUGCCAUCGCUCCCCUCGAGAUCCCCAAGGGUGCAAAGUUGACGACACCUGUCACACAAGGACAGAGGACGGCGCUUCGGUCCGUCAUAGGUUCACUCGCGUGGGUGGCCCGGGCUACAAGGCCCGACCUCGCGUACCGCGUCAACGCGUUGCAGCAGCGAGUGACCGUCGCGACCAUCGACACGAUGAGAGCCAACCGUGUGGUCGCACUCGCCUUGGGCGACGCAGAGCGCAGCAUCGUGUAUCGCGCCAAGAUACUGCCGUGGAGCAGUGGCCCCCUCGCAGUAGUCACGUUUUGUGACGCCUCUUUUGCUGCUGAAGCUGGGUACAAGUCCCAGAGGGGGAGGUUGCACUACCUCACUGACGCGGAAACAGCACGCGACGUGAACGCACCCAAGCACAAGCUUCACCUGGUUGCAUUCGGUGGCUCUACGAUGAAACGAGUCUGCCGCGCGACACUACAGUGUGAAGCGUACAGCCUGCAGCAUGCCACCAGAUCAUUUGCUGUCGUCGGUACCCAGACCAGUGGAAGACAAGCGUCUUGCUAUCGAAAUGACAGCAUUGCGCCAAGCACUGUGGGUAGACGAGACACCGACGAGCGAAGCCUUCGCACCAUUCGGUGA